AUGAUUUCAACUCCAACAUUCCUCCGUAAUUCUUCUCCACAUCGACGAUAUCUCUCUUCCCGUCGUUCUUCAGCUCGCUCCUCAACUUCCACCUCACCAGCACCAUCAUCACCAAAGCUUCAAGCUGCAACUCUCACACUACCCACUGGUACUACAAGAAAUUCAAGUUAUACAAGCACUCCAACGUCGGAAAAUGGAAGCCGCAAUGGAAGCAAUUCAGGAGCUGGAAGCGAACUUUUUAGCGAAGUGAUUGGAGAGACGGAUGCACAGUGCUGGCAAAGAAUGUUACGGAUACAGAGGGAAUAUCACUGCUAUAACUCAGCGAGGUUGAGCGCCGCAGUAGAGGCUGAGGAGAGAGGAGAGACCAAUGUUCCUGUUCCAAGUAGAUUGUGCUUGGAUCUGUUAAACGAGAGUUUGCAGAGUUGGAUUGAAGCACAUAACGGCGGUUAUGUUGCUUAA